AUGGAUUAUAAAAAUGGAUCUACUGUGACUGAGUUUAUUUUAGUAGGAUUUUCUGGAGAAUGGAAACUUCAAAUUUUCUUCUUUGUGGUAUUUUCCUUGCUCUAUGGCGCUACUGUUGUGGGAAACACUCUCAUUAUGAUCACAGUGACAUUUAGUUCCACCCUUAAUUCUCCUAUGUACUUCCUUCUUGGAAACCUCUCCUUCUUGGACAUGUGUCUUUCCACUGUCACAACACCCAAGAUGAUCACAAACUUGCUUGCUGAGCACAAGACCAUCUCUGUAGGGGGAUGCAUGGCCCAGAUGUUCUUCAUGCACUUCUUUGGAGGUGCAGAGAUGACACUCUUGAUAGUCAUGGCCUUUGACAGAUAUGUGGCCAUAUGCAAACCCCUUCACUAUAGGACAAUCAUGAGCCACAAGUUGCUGAAUGGUUUUGUCAUACUUUCAUGGAUAAUUGGCUUCAUACACACCAUGAGCCAGAUGAUGUUACUAGUGAACUUACCUUUCUAUGGCAACAAUGUUGUAAACAGCAUAUUUUGUGAUUUUCCACUAGUGAUCAAGCUUGCCUGUGCUGAGACAUAUACUCUGGAAUUAUUUGUCAUUGCUGAUAGUGGACUGCUAUCUUUUAUCUGUUUCAUCCUCUUGCUUGUCUCCUACACUGUCAUUUUGGUUACUGUAAAACAGAAAUCAUCUGGAGGGCUCUCCAAGGCUUUGUCCACAUUGUCUGCCCAUAUUAUGGUGGUCACUCUAUACUUUGGACCCUGUAUCUUUAUAUAUAUCUGGCCAUUUGGUAGUUUUGCAAGCAAUAAAAUGCUAGCUGUAUUUUACACUGUUAUCACACCCAUGCUCAAUCCUUGUAUUUAUACACUGAGAAAUCAAAAAAUGCAAACAUCUAUGAGAAAAUUAUGGUUCCAACAUUUUAUCUUCACAUAG